CAGACUUACAGAUGGUUCAAAGAAUUGCUGCUGAAGAUUCGGUCGUUCGAGCAAUCACCAGCAUUACCGAUACAUACAUGCGCAACCUCGAUACCCCUACUAACGAAGUCGCAGACAGGAUCGUAGCUGCUGUGAAAGAUGGUCUCAAGGAUAUCGUCGGAGAACAGGAGCCAUUCCACGACCCGAACACUACACCAGCCUGUCUUGAAGGCGUCCUCUGGUUCCUCUGGGGCACAUACAGACGGACUGCCGCCUGGGAAGAGCCGAGGCUUCAAGAGCGUAUAGUCGACGUCCUGCGAGAACUGAAGACGCACGGCAAGGCCGGUUUCGAGGGCAUGAAGAUAUGGGGACACGACAUGAACUGGAAUAACCUGCCGGUGUUUGGCUUGGAUGCCAGAGAGAGUCUCGAUGUCCUCGUCGGAUACCUGCCCGGCUCGGACAGGGUCGCGCCGCUGGACCUGCGAGAACCAGUGCCACCGGUAGGACUCAGAAUCCUCUCCGGAGCAAUACCCGAGGACCCGGACCCGUCCAACCAGCUGUACGUAAGCGCGCGCGCGGUGUGGCUGGAAACCAGACGCUAUCUCAUGCGGGUCUGGGUGGCGGGCGUCUACGACUUCGAGAUUUACGGCAUCUGGUUCAUGCGCGAGGGCCUUGAGGACCUGGACCUUGCGGAUCUCGAGUGGAAGACACACACUGCGUCGGCUCCGCCCGUCCUUGCGCUCGAGGGAGCGAGUGUGUGUGUCCAGACCGCGGGCGAGAAGAUGUAUCGCAGCAACCUGGUCGAGGGGCCGAAUGGCAAUCCGAACUGGAACUCCAACUUUGGGACAGCGGGCAGGGGAGGGAAGAGGUGGACAGGCGUGGACGGAUACCACCCAGACCGCUGGAGGCUGUGGAAGUCUGUCUUUCAAGAGUACGCGGACGCCCAUGGCAUGAAAGGCAUAUGGCCGAACGCGGUAGAGGCUGCGAAAACUGCAAUUGCAGUAAUGGAGAAGAUAGAGUCUACGGACGCUGGACUUGGUGAUUAAGAAGGCGGAGGAUACGGCUACUCCUCUGAGCAGUUGUACAUACUCGAAGUGAAUGCA